AUCGGUUCAGCAGAGCCUGUUUGGCUAUGGCGCAGCGCGUGGCCCCAGCAGGGUCUAGGAGAUCAGAAUGCAGCCAGUCAUCAUUCCGUCGCUGUAUCUCCUCCUCACGGGUCAGGAAGCGGCAGACGCAGCAACUUGUGACAGAACAACUUGCUUCGAAACAUCUUGUAGUUGCAGGACAGCUUCUAAUUCCAGAACGACUUGUAGUUACAGCAGCCGAGCGAAGCAGCCAUUUCGCCUGUUCCUUUCCUCGACUAGUCCAUGGCUUCUCUCGAUGUCACUCCGAGCGCGUUCCAAUACGGUUGUCACGUUUCCAAGUCACCCCUUCGCUGCACGAAUCAAGAAGCGUCACGUCGUUCCGUGUGUGCCCCUCACUGGUCCAGUCACGAAACAGCACCUCAAGAGACAACACCUCGAGAUAAAUCACCUCAAGAUCAAUCACCUCGAAGCCCUUCAACCGUCGCAGCUACCGCCAUGACCAGCGCCGACUCGAGCAGCAGCAUCAGCAGCACCAGCAGCAGCGACGGAAGCGACAGCAGCGGUGGCAGCGGCAGCAGCAACGGCCACGGCAGCGCAAGCACUUGCGGCGGCUUGCCCGCGUCAUCAUGUCACAGCAGCGACUCCUCAACGCGAAACCGCCGCCGAUUGAAAGGCGACGCGCUGGAGCUGCUAACAACCAUGCGUCCCGUGGGCUUCGGCGCCUCCGUCGCCGGCUCCGCGCCGCCCCAACCCCAACCCGGAGACUGCGAAUCAGGGCCAGCCCCGCCGCGCGCCUCGAACAACUCUGGUGGCACACGUUCGAUCUCGCCGUUGCCGUUGCCGUUACCGUUACCGUUACCGUCACGGUCUAACGAUCUGUCUCCGAGUAAGACGGUGAUAGUGAUGGCGAAAAGCGGUCGCUGCAGCUCUUACCGGCACGUAGUACCCCCCCCGCCGCGACGCUCCCCUGUCUUGAUUCCAGCAGGCGCUAUCGCGUCUAGCUGUAUCGCGUCUAGCAAUAUCGCGUCUAGCGCUAUCGCAUCUUGCAACAGUCCGAGCCGUAGCCAACCCGCAAUCGCUGCUAGUAGUACCAGUAGUAUCGCGUCUUAUGCCGUUGGUCGCCCGAUCCUUGCCGGGUCGCGUCACCGCCGCGCCCAGUCCGCUCUUGCUGGCGAAUCAUCGUGCGACUUCAGUUUUCUCGACUUCGCGGCGCCAUCGGCAGAUUCGACGCCGGGUUUUGCGGCGGCCCCCCUGCCGCCACUUGCGCAAUCGCCUCUCGGCCGCUGCCCCGCGGCGGGGGCUGCCCCGUCGGUUCAGCAGCAACAGCAGCAGCACGCGACAGCGUCGGCGACAGCGACAGCGACAGCGACAGCGACAGCGACAGCGACGGCGACGGCGGCAGUGCCGGCGACAGCGACGGCGACAGCGUCGUUGGGCCGGCCGCCGCCGUCGGCUCCCACUGGAAAUAUGUGGCCGUUCGGGCGGCGACGCAGAGUGGGGCGGGAGGGGCGGCAUCGCGUGUCGGUUAGCAUGUCGGAGGUGGAGCUGGAGCAGGUGAUAUCGUGCGACGCCGCCGCGGCGAUGCUCGACGCGGACAUGGCGAGCGGGAUAAGGGGCGGAACGAAUGGCGGUACAGGCGGAAGGACGGCCGAUAGCCGUACGAGUGACGCGAGCGGCGCAAACUGCCCAGGGAAGGUCGGCGCAAACUCCGCUGUCUCCAGCAAAUUGAAUCCGGAGUCAAAAGUUCCUCGCGGCGCAUCGUGGGAUCCGCCGUCAAGCACGGGGGGAUUCUCGUCCCGACUAGACGAGUUGCGGCGGCGGCAGGCGAGGAACGGAACAGCGGAGGUGGCGGAAAGAGGGGGGGAGGAGAAAAUCGGAUACGGCGAAGAGGAGGGACGGGAGGAGGUGCUCGGGCAGGGUUCUGAAAUUCUUGGAAAGUCAGGGCAGGGGCAGCACGAAGGGGUGGGGUUUGCGCAUCCACGAAACGGGUUGCCGCUAAACCCAGAGCAGCAUCAGCAGAAGGUGAGCGGAGUGUUGUGGGCUCUUUCGAGCAAGCUGCGGAACAUAUUUUCUGCUGGCGGGGGGAGUGGCGGAAGCGCAGGAUUUGCUCGAUUCCCCCGUGAACGGCUCGGAAGAGGCGGUCAGAGCGGAACGGUGGGGGCGGAAACCGAAUCGCACCCCAUUGCAGCUCCCUUCGCCCUCCGGAAAGCAACAGUUCACCGAUUUGAUUGCAACCUCGAUAGUAGCGUUCCCAGUAGCGGCAUAGCGUCCCCAUGCAGCAGGAAAACCAGUCCCGAGGUUGCGCCAAAUUUCAGGGGGAGGGGGAUUUGGGAAAGAGCAGCACGCGCGCCAGCAGGGAAGGGGGCGUUGCGGAGGAGGUUGGGAAGGGGGCGCGGAUGGAGCGUUGAUUUCUCCGAGUUUCAGUUCAACCUGGAAGAAACCCUGGUAACGGGCAGCCCGGAAAAUCUGGGGGGUGCACCGAAAAUAGGCUCUACAGUCCAAAAAAAUGUAACUGCACUACCAUUACCACCGGUGGCAGCAGCAGCAGGUGAGGCACAGGCCGUGUGGGGUGGACAGCGAGGGACGGUAGAAAGCGGAGAGAGCAGACCGAAGACAAGCAGAGGAAGGGACGGUUCCCCAGGCUUACAUGGCAGCAGGCUCGGAUACACAGGCAUGGGUGUGCCAUUUGGUGGCUCUGGCACAGGGGGCUUCCCCCUCCGUCUGCCUGGCAAAGGAAAGGUUGCUCCUGCUGCUCCUGCUGCCACUGCGGCGGCUGCUGCUGCUGCUGCUGCUGCUUCAGGUGUAAGCUUGGGGGGUGGUACUGGCGCUACUGUAGGGAGUGGCAGCUCUGCUGCAGGGGGCACUAGUCCGGCUGUAGCAGCAGCAGCAACGGCAGCUGCGGUGAUGGCAGCAGGUGCGGGAGUGGCGCGGCCAGUGGUUGCGGAAUAUGAUUUGAGGGGAAUUACACCCACUAGACUCAGCAAAUUGCUGCUCUACCCUCCCACACCCGCCGCUGCUGCUGCUGCUACUGGUGCCACUGGUGGAGGCAAGAACCAGAAGGUGGAUCGAAGCAAAGACCAGCCUGAAUACCAGAACGGGACGCAGGGCCGCGUGCCAGCCGUGGAAAGAGGUGUCGGCCGGCGCAGCAACGUAGCGGUGUCGGUGUCGGCUCGCUCGUCCUUCCCCAAGUCUCCGUCCGAAUCCGAGGUGCAAUCGGAUUGGCAAUCAGUUGCGCAAUCAGGCCUGCAACCCUUUGUGCCCACUGUUGCUGCAGGCACCACUGGUGCUGGCCCCACUGGAGCUGCCCCCACCGGUGCUAGCAAGAGACAAGCCGGGGAAAGGGUGAGGCUCGGCAACGUGGCGGUGUCGGCUCGCUCGUCCUUCCCCAAGUCCUCGUCAGAAUCCAAGGUGCUAUCAGAUCUGCAAUCAGAUCUGCAAUCAGAUCUGCAAUCUGGCCUGCAAUCAGAUGUGCAAACUGGCGUGCAGGGCCAGCAGGUCACAGAGCGCAGGCAGAGGGAAACAGAGAUUGCACUGGCAGCUGCCGGUGAUGUUGCUGCAUGCCGUCUUGCUGCUGCUGCUACUGAUGCUGCUGCUGCUGCUACUGCUGCUGCUGCUGCUACUGAUGCUGCUGCUGCUGCUACUGAUGCUGCUGCUGCUGCUGCUGCUACUGAUGCUCCUGCUGCUGCUACUGAUGCUGCUGCUGCUGCUACUGAUGCUCCUGCUGCUGCUACUGAUGCUCCUGCUGCUGCUACUGAUGCUCCUGCUGCUGCUACUGAUGCUGCUGCUACUGAUGCUGCUGCUACUGAUGCUGCUGCUACUGAUGCUGCUGCUGCUGAUGCUGCUGCCAGGAAUGAUGAUGUGGCUGAUGCUGGGGUGCGCACUGGACUGACUACAGCACCAGAAAAAGAGAAUUCGGUGCCAGUCGGGGCUGCAUCCCAUGGCACUGCAGCCUCAAGCGAGCUGGGCGGGCUGGGCGGCCGCAGUGCAGUCCCAAAGGCUUUGGGCGGCAGUCUGUUCCCCCAGGACUACGUCUUGCGGCAGCCAUACGGCGAUCUGAGCGAGCGCUACGUGCUGCACCGAGAGGAGGUGGGCAGCGGAGAGUACGGCGUCAUCCGGCGGUGCCUGGAGAUGGAGACGGGGCGGGUGCUGGCAUGCAAGAGCAUCCGGAAGAGGCGCAUCAAGUCACACGCAGCAGCAGAGGACAUUCGAAAGGAGGUGGCGUGCAUGCUGGCGGUGCAAUCCCACCCUGGCAUCGUGCGGCUGCACGACACCAUAGAGGACCCCCGCGCCUGCCACCUCAUCAUGGACCUCUGCAGGGGCGGUGAUCUCUUCGACCGCAUCGCCACGGGCGGCGUGUACUCGGAGCGUAGCGCAGCUGCCCUCUGCAAGGGGCUGGCAGAGGCGAUCUUGCACUGCCACAGAAAGGGCGUGGUGCACCGCGACAUCAAGCCCGAGAAUAUCCUUCUGGAGUCUCCUGGGAGUGACACACGUGUCAGGCUCGUGGACUUCGGGGUGGCGACCUUCUUUGAAAGAGGAGUGCCCCUGACAGAUUUAAUGGGAACACCAGAGUACAUGGCACCAGAGGUGUGGGACCGAUCGUACGGCCCCAAGGCGGACGUGUGGAGCCUGGGCGUGGUGCUGUACACGGCACUCACCGCCCUCCCCCCCUUCUGGGCGUCCUCCCCCCUGGCUGUGGAGGAGGCGGUAAAGUCGAGGGACGUGAGCUUCCGAGGGGCGCGGUGGGCGCGCGUGAGCGACAGCUGUAAGGCGCUGAUUGGUGCGAUGCUUGAGAAGAACCCUCUGGAGCGAAUCUCGACGCUAGAGAUACUGGGCCACCCGUGGGUUAACAACCAGCUCACAUAGCCGCAGAAUAUAGACUGGUCUUUUAUAGGAUGCGUGCAGGUUUGGUCCGGUCGCAGAUUUGGUCUCUACCUGCAGUAGCUGCUGUUAGUGCAAUGCAAUAGUCUAGCUCAUUCCGUAGUUGGCAUCAUUCUCCAAAUGUAUCCGAUUCUGCUAUUGAGCUCCCUGUUAAACACACGCAUAACGUACACUUAGAACUCUUCUAGGACCCAACCCUGUUGUGAUAUAAUUGGUACUUAGCAUUUCUGUAAGUCGAUUAAGUGUAGUUAGUGUCGGAUCUUACU